AUGUCGCUAAUACUGCCCUCAGUUGCCGUGUCCAUGGUGGUCACUUUUUCAUACGUCUACACACAGGAGCGGGUCAUUGGUUAUGGUCACCUGUUGUGCUAUCUAGAUUCUCCACUUCUAAAUGGUGUGACCUUUGUAUGUCCUCUCACUUUGAUUACAAUAAGCAACGUCGUAUUCUUUGGGACCACGGUUUACAAGAUACAUAGCACAAUAAAUCUUCAGUCUGCCGAAACUGUCAGAAAAGACAACCAGCAUCACAUCUACGUUUACGUCAAGCUUUCCUUCAUGACUGGAGCAUUUUGGACAUUGGCUAUCGUAGCGGAAACAGUAGACAACCAAGUUUUAAGGUUAAUAUCCAUCAUCUUAAAUGGAUUACAAGGUGUCGCCAUAUUUGUAUCUUAUAUCUGCAACAAACGAGUCUUCAAUCUGUACUGGAAUCCUAAGGGCCACAACUCCACGAUGGUCUCCGAGGUUGAGAGAAACUAA